AUGGCUUCUGUCAGGUUAUUCUCGCGGCCUUUAGCCACGCUCUCGGCUGCACCACGAACCCUUCCGCGGCUGGUCCGAUUUCAAUCCACCUCAAGCAGCUAUGAAAACAUCCUGGUGUCGACGCCCAGGCCAGGUGUUGGGCUCAUCACACUCAAUCGUCCGAAGGCACUGAACGCCCUCUCCAGCGCUCUGUUUGUCGAACUCAACGAUGCCCUGAAGAAAUACGAGGAGGACAAGGACAUUGGUGCCAUUGUUCUGACUGGAAGCGACAAAGCAUUUGCAGCUGGCGCGGAUAUCAAAGAAAUGGCCCCCUUGACCUUCUCCGACGCAUAUGUCAACAACUUUAUUGCUCCCUGGUCCUACAUGAUGACUCUGCGAAAACCCGUCAUAGCAGCAGUAUCGGGGCAUGCUCUUGGCGGCGGCUGCGAGCUUGCUAUGAUGUGCGAUAUCCUUUAUUGCACGAAGACUGCAAACUUUGGCCAGCCUGAGAUCAAGCUCGGCACCAUACCAGGUGCCGGAGGUUCUCAGCGGCUCACCGCAGCCAUUGGUAAGAGCAAAGCCAUGGAACUCAUUCUCACAGGCAAUAACUUCAGCGGCGAGGAGGCCGAGAAACAUGGUCUCGCUGCCAAAGCCUUCGAUGGAGGUAACAAAGAGGUUCUUGAGGGUGCUCUAAAUACGGCUGAAAAGAUCGCCAGUUACAGUCGCGUGGCAGUUAUUGCGGCCAAAGAGGUCGUCAAUAAGAGUCAAGACCUUGGGGUCAGAGAGGGUGUCGAAUACGAACGACGCAUCUUCCACAGUCUGUUCGGCAGUCAAGAUCAGAAGAUCGGCAUGAAGGCCUUUGCGGAAAAGAAAAAAGCUGAGUGGACGCACUCAUAA